AUGAGGUCGCAAAUAUUGAGCUCCUUUUUAAGACACGGGCAUCUGCCUAUAAGGGAGGAUGAUUGCUCGUACGUUUGGCAAGUUUCCGCCGUGGAACGUUGCGAAUGGGUGAGGAGCACUGAAGAUUGCUACUCAGACUCAGUGAUUCAGUACACGGUACUGUUGUUUUGCUUCUUCAGAUCCGAAAACGUAUACUUGUUUGUUAGCGGUUUGGUGCUCGUGCUCUUAUGGCUGCUCUAUUUAUUCUUGAUCUUGGGAACCACGGCAGAUAACUUUUUUUGUCCAGCACUGGCGGUAAUAGCCAGUGUAAUGCGUCUAUCGGAUAACAUAGCUGGAGUGACGAUAUUGGCAUUUGGAAACGGCGCGCCUGACAUCUUCACGUCCCUCGUGUCGAGAGGCAACGGAGAGAUAAUAAUGUUCACUGAAUUAAUCGGAGCGGGUGUCUUCGUGACCUCGAUGAUUGCCGGUUCCGUGGCGAUAAUUAAACCCUUUAAAGUUUCACUCAAAUCUCUCAUGAGAGAUGCCUGUUUUUAUAUCGCUUCCAUAUGCUGGAUAAACUACGUAGUGUGGGACGAAAUGGUUUACUUUUGGGAAGCCGUAAGUCUUAUUCUGGUCUAUGUACUAUUUAUCGCAGUGAUCGUAAUAAUGCAGACGUAUGAGACCAAAGAAGAAAAUCUAAAAACCAGGAUCCCAAGUGUACUCGAUCCAGACGUCCUGCAUACUUACUUGGCGAACAGAGACACAAGCACCAUUCCCAAGAUUCCCGCUAGAAGCCGACCUUUUGGCUUACGUGCCAAACUAGAUAUUGCUGUCGCAACGGAAAUAGAGAGAUCAAAAAUACGAGGUGGUCUCGUUCAGUUGAAACCGGAAAUUAUCGACUACGUUUCCGAUAGACCAAUAGGUCUUUUCAAAGAAUUUUUAUACGAUGUCAAUCCGAUCAGUAGAGAAGAUUGGAAGAACUCGAAUAGAUUAUUUAAAAUCAUUCUGAUUAUACGUUCGCCUGUUAUGUUGCUAUUGCAACUCUUUAUACCAGUUGUGAAUCCUACUGCUGAAAAAAGAGGCUGGUCAAAGUUAUUGAAUUGCUUUCAGUUGUGUACAACACCUACGAUAGCGCUAUUUCUAUUAAAUGUUUGGCAAACGACUUUUGGCAAUGUGCCGAUAGUGCCGAUAUUCCUCGUUGUCGGCACUGUAAUUGGUGUAAUUGUGUUUCUAACGACUCACGUGGACCGUGUACCAAAAUUCCAUAAUACCUUUGCAUUUUUGGGAUUUUUCGCUGCCAUGUUGACGGUUUAUUUGAUAGCUCGGGAAGUCAUGGCGGUACUUCAAUGCAUAGGAUACGCAUGUAGCAUAUCUGACGCCAUGCUGGGUAUCACUUUUCUUGCAUGGGGGAACAGUGUCGGGGAUCUGAUAUCGAAUGUCGCUAUUGCCAGACGGGGAUUUCCUCGCAUGGGAUAUGCAGCUUGUUUUGGCGGGCCGAUGUUUAACACUCUGCUGGGACUAGGGCUGACUUACGGCAUUGCCAGCGCUGUCGAUCCUGAACAACAGACGAAGAUCAGGAUUAGCGAUAUGGCACCCGGUUGCCUGGCUUUCCUCUUGUAUUCACUAGUGGCUACCAUAAUUUAUUUGAGUAUCACGGGAGCUAUCGCACGUCGUUCUUACGGUGGUCUGUUGUAUUCCAUUUAUUUUACUUUUAUUCUCAUACAAUUUUUAAGCGAAUUGCAUGUUAUACAUCCGCUUGGCACUGAUCACAGACCUGACGCAUAA